UUUAUGUGACUGAAAAGUGGAGUAAGAGAAGGGAAGAUAAAAUCAGUAAGAAAUUCUGUCAGAGAAGUAGAAAGAGCAGUCAAAGAACAGACAGGUUGGAUUUCAGAAUACUCUAUGAAAGGGAAUAAGAAUGAUUCCAAAGUAUCAAAUGGCUAGACUAUUUCAACCUCCUGGUAACUAGUUUCCAUACCACCUCUCUAGUCCCACACUUUUCUCUCCACUGCCCUUAGUUGUACAUUCCUUAAAACAUCCUUUAUUUUUAUCAGUUAACUCUCUUCCUCCCUGCCUACAGGUUAAAAUUCUGAUUUAUUAUCUUGUUGUAAUAGGCCCUUUCCUAUCUGUGUCACAAAGUAUAAAGCCUUUUAUAGUUGCUCAUAAGUUAAAUUUCAAGCCUGUUCUUUACUGCAUUCACCUUCAGUGAACCUGUCACUCUUUGAAAAUGACCUCCAUACCUUUCUUCCUGAAAGGCACUCAUUGAAAUGAGUGCCUACAUUUCUGUUUCUUCACAACCCAGUAUAUCCUUCAUGAAACUUUUCCUAUGACCUCAAGGAUCUCUUAAUUGUUCGAAUCUUUUAAUAGAAUUUCACAGAUGAUAUGGUAUUUGUUCUUAAGUGCUUUCCACUAAUCUAAGAGUCAGCAGUGUUUUUAAAUAUAAAGGGCCAGGUAGCAAAUAUUUUAGGCUUUGUAGGCCAGAGUCUCUGAAGUAACUCUGCAAUUAUGACAUGAAAGCAGCCAUAGAUGAUACAUAAAUGGGUGUGGCAGUGUUACAGUAGAACUAUAUUCACCAGAACAGACAGAAGGCUAUAGUCUGCUCUAGUUUGCCAACCCCUGCAUCAAAGUUAUUCUGACUCAGCUAUUUUGAUUAAAGUUUAUACAUGAAAGAUGUUCACACAUUCAUAUUGUAACUGAGCUGAGUCUAGGAAAUGAACAUAGGAGCAGAAAAGGUGCUCUGUAACAGAGCCAGACUGGUUUCCUAUCUCCCAGGAUUUUGCUCUUUAGUUAAAAGGGUUGUCAAUCCCAGAGCCUUUUCAACCGCAGGAUCUUCAGGUUCUGAUGAGUCUCAUGUGGCCACUGCACCUCCAGAUAUCUGCUCUCGAACAGUUUGGCCUGAUGAAACCAUGGGACCAUUUGGACCUCAGGAUCAGAGAUUCCAGCUUCCUGGGAACAUAGGUUUUGACUGUCACCUCAAUGGGACCGCAUCACAGAAGAAAAGCCAGGUUCAUAAAACUUUACCUGAUGUUCUAGCAGAACCUUUAUCGAGUGAAAGACAUGAGUUUGUUAUGGCACAAUAUGUGAAUGAAUUUCAGGGUAAUGAUGCACCUGUUGAACAAGAAAUUAACAGUGCAGAAACUUACUUUGAAAGUGCCAAAGUCGAGUGUGCAAUCCAGACAUGUCCAGAGUUGCUGCGAAGAGAUUUUGAAUCACUGUUUCCGGAAGUAGCCACCAACAAACUAAUGAUUCUGACUGUAACACAGAAAACUAAGAAUGAUAUGACUGUUUGGAGUGAGGAGGUAGAAAAUGAAAGAGAAGUGCUCUUAGAAAAGUUCAUCAGCGGUGCUAAGGAAAUUUGCUAUGCCCUUCGAGCUGAAGGCUAUUGGGCUGACUUUAUUGACCCAUCAUCUGGUUUGGCAUUUUUUGGACCAUAUACAAACAGCACUCUUUUUGAAACAGAUGAACGCUAUCGACAUUUAGGAUUCUCUGUUGAUGAUCUUGGCUGCUGUAAAGUGAUUCGUCACAGUCUCUGGGGUACCCAUGUGGUUGUAGGAAGUAUCUUUACUAAUGCUACACCAGACAGCCAUAUUAUGAAGAAAUUAAGUGGAAACUAGCAGUAGUGUCAAUUAAUUUGAUCUUCUGCUUGUCUGUAACAUUUGGGAUGAUCCACAAGCAUUGUCAAAGGCUUCCGUUUUUAAAAUUUACUCCCUUGUAGGUAUUUAUUUCAACAUUAUGGAUUUACAAUAUUGGCAAGUGGUUUAUAAUUUUUAAAUUUCAAAUACUCAUAUUAUCAUUAAAUACAUGCUGAGCACAUCCACAUUGUACAGAAUGUGAUAAUUAACAUGUAACCAGGGUAUGCUCUCAUAUUGUUAUUUCUCCCCUUAAUUGGAACAACCUCACUUUUAAUCAUACCUCUCCAAAAAUAAAUCAUACAUUUGGCUAUGAUCA